AGUUUUUGAAUCACCUCCCUUAGAUGGUUUUAUAGCAACAACAAAAUAUGGCUACCUCAGGUCUACCACCAGUUCCUGCCAAUCUCAAAGGAGCUAUUCAAAAAUAUUUGAGAAUAGCAACAGAACAUGACAAGAGAGAUCCAGUAAUAGCCUACUAUUGUAUGUAUUUUACAGUUUCAUUUUCGAAUAGAUUUUAAAUUCGUAAUGCUGAAAGAGACAGGCACUCCUCAAACAAACUCAAACAUGAAUAAAUAGUAAAUAUUAAUAAUAAUGACUAAACUAAAUUAAAAUUAAUUUUAAGUUUUAUAAUUUACCCUCAAUGUAAUGAUAACUCAGUCCUAUUCAAUCAAGGCAUUAUAUAUACUGUAACGGUUACAGCUUGAUACCAGCCCAAUUUUCUGUGUUUGCCAUUGUGGGUGUGUGCAGUUUUGGUGUGAGUGUGAGUAGUAAUGUUUGUGUGUACUUUCCUGUGUGCAUUUGUCACAGAAUUGAGAAAAAUAGACGACUUCCUGCAGCAUAUCUGUAAAAUAAAAGCUGUUGCAUUUGCCAUGAACUAAAUACAUCUAUCUUUAAAAUUAUUCCAUAAAUUUAAGGGUUUUGUGCUAAGUUUACACUUUUUAAAAAUUCUUCAUUUAUGAUCAUAUGAUGGGUAGAGUACAAUGCUUCCUAACUCACAUUCAGUAGGCACUUGGAUACAAAAUUUAAAAAAAUUCAAAUAAUUUUUUUAAUAGCACAGUUAGUUAGAGCUAAUUUCAAAUAAAAAAAUGAAACCAGAAUCAACUUUUUAGCUUAAGUACUUUUUGAGCUAUGAAUUUUUAAAGUGUGAGUUCGUUUGGUAUUUUUUACUAUGGACGAAACCUCCACAUCUUGUGACCUCAUUCCGCUGAUCGCGUCAUGCGCAAUGACUAUAUACUUUAUAUAAGGCAACGCAUCGCCUUAUCACUAAAAUACUGUUUAGGGUCGACUUAGUUUAAACUUUCAACUUUGGCACAUGAAUAAUUAAUUAAAGCUUUCCCUGACCAAUGGUAUAGUAGUUUUUGCACACGGCAAACUCUUAUGAAUGAAACUCUGAGGUAGUACUACGAUACAGUUAUGCAAGUGGCUGUGAAUGGUUGCCAAUGACAACGUGUUGCACACGGUAAAUUCUGAUCAUUUAUAAUAUGGAUUCUACCGGGUUGUUAAAGCUCAAAUUAAAACAUUCCAGUUUAAAUGUCUUUAAAUGCAUUCUGAAACACAAGUUAUCAAUUAUUUUGAUGUAAAUAGUGAUAAUAAAUUAAUAUUUCCUAAGUAUCGUCAACUUCCGCCAUUAAAAAGGGGGGCGUGGCCAACCCCAUGGCGAAAUUAGGUUGAGCGAGCUGCAUGACCUGCUGCGAACGCGCAGAAACAUAGCGUCUCUCGUAAGACACUUAUCGCUGUGAAAAUUGGCAUACAUGUAGAUCAAUAGAUUCCCCAGAUGCAAAAAAAAUUUGGUAGUGACAAAUUUUUUCCUUCGACUUAAUUUUAAUGAUGAAAGUUGCCUUAUAUUUACCAAGGAUUUUCUCAAAGCUGACUGAUUGUAAAUGAAAAAGAAAUUGAUUAAAAUGUAGGCCAAGAUGUCUACCUAAUUAUAAGGCCGAAAACGGAACUCAAAUACUUAUCGAAAGUACUAAUUUAAUAAUAAAUAGACACACACAUCGGAAAAUUAAAAACUCGGAUUUUUUGGCGCAGAUUGCUAAAUCCCAUACACAAAAAGUAGUAGUCUCCCUUGACUUACCGAAGUACCUACAUUCAGUUCGGGAUGAAAAUGUCAACUGCAUUGCAUCCCUGAAAGAUGUGGCCAGAGAUAUUAAUAACUUACCCUCACAGAGUCUCAGCUGCUGAUCUCACAUUUUGCACACUGCUAUGAUAAUCACUUUUAGACAUUUUAAUAUUUAUUAGAUAAAGUUUAAAGUUAUAAUCUGAUGAAAUGGUGUGUUUACUGCAAUUGGGUGAAAAUUAAAGACAUAAAAUUUUUGCCUUUUCUCAUUCAAAAAAUAAGAAAUUGAGCCCUGGGAAAGCCAAUUAGACCCAGGGCUCAUUGCUAUCCAUCCAGUCACUUCAUACAAUUUUAAAAAAAAAAAAAUUUUUGUUGUGAUUAUUUUGAAUUUUAUAUUAUAUAGAACUAUUACUAAUUUAGAGAAAAUUGUUGGCCCCCAAUAAAAAUUUAAUUUUAAAAUUACAAGUGCAGGACCCUUAUAUCAUAAUUAAUUGUGGUCAUAAUAAAGUUAUCUGUUUUCAAUACUUAAUUAUGUUUUAAUUUUUUUUAUUAUAAAAUUUAUUAAGCAAUUAUUUUUAGUCUCUGAGAAUUAUGGAGAUUUUUACUUCCACUCAAUUCAAAUUAAGAUCUUUAUUAAUAUUUCUUGAAUAGAAUUUGCAUUUCAUUUAUUUUUAUUAGUGCCAAUUAUUAGUAACAUUCACAUUUAAAUGUAAUGAAAAUUGAUUUUUUUUAGGAUUAAAUUUUUUUAACAUUAGCUUAUGCUGAGAUAAAAGGUAUUUUUAAAAUUUUAAAUUUGUUGCUUCUUUUUUUUUUUUUUUUUUUCAUUUUGCUGACAAUCAGCAGUCCACAUCAGGAAGAUUAUGGUUACCGGAAAUUUUUUUGAAAGAAAUUUUGUAGACGGAAAAUUGAUCGCCGGAAAUUUGAUCAAACGGAAAUUUGGUAGAAUAUUUUUUUCCAGUUCACACGUUAAAAUUUUCGUUAAAUUUCUUUUCGAACGCACUAUACUAUAUAGUAAAAAAAAAAAAUAAUGCGUUCAAAAGAAAUUUGACGCAAAAUUUUAAUGUGUGAGCUCAAAAAAAAAAUUGAUUGCCGUAAAUUUUAUCAAACGGAAAUUUGGUAUAAUAUUUUUUUUUAGUUCACACGUUAAAAUUUUCGUUAAAUUUCUUUUCGAACGCACUAUACUAUAUAGUAAAAAAAAAAAAAUAAUGCGUUCAAAAGAAAUUUGACGCAAAAUUUUAAUGUGUGAGCUGAAAAAAAGAUUGACCAAAUUUCCGUUCAAUCAAAUUUCCGUCAAUUGAUUUUCCAUUGACAAAAUUUCUUUCAAUCAAAUUCCAAAUAAGGGGAGAUUAUGCAUUUAUCUGCCCCUCUCCACCCCUUCCCAAAAUUCACUACCACCUGAAAUAAAAAUAAUUGCCUUUUGAAAGAAUUACCACUAUAUCAUGUAAAAAAAAUAUUGCUCAAAAUAGCAGAUGUGGCGAUGUCCAUCCAAGUGUAUUACAUAUUUUCACUUUCCUUUCUCUCAAAUACACUAUUUUUUUAUCUUAUCAUAAGGCCGUUUGUAUGCCAUGCAACAAGGCAUGUUGAUUGAUAAAACCUCUCCUGAGGCCAGACAGUUCUUGGUUGCACUCAUGGACUUUCUUGAAAAGGUACAUCCAGAUUAUAUAUCUAUACACAGAAAAGGUAUUUAUUUUAUAAUCUUGCAAAUAUUAACAAAAAACAAUGGAACAGUGUUGAAAAAUUUAAAUGAUUUGAUUUUGAAAAUUAAGUUUAAUGAAUAAUGUAGUAAAAUUCAUUAAGCAGAACCAAAAUUAUGCAUUAUAAGCAGAAAAAUUAUCUUCUUAUCUUUUUAGUCCAAAGGCCAGCUCAAGGAUGAGCAAGCAGUUCACAAUGAAAUAUGUGGCCAGGCUCACGUAGAGAAUUAUGCUCUUAAACUCUUUCUUUAUGCUGACACUGAAGAUCGUGCUGGUAACUUUGGCAAGUGAGUUAACCCUCUAUUCAGAUCUAUCCAGUAUUUACAAGGGUGUGCACAUUAUUUUUUAUUCUCAUAAGAUUCUUCUUCAUUAUUUUAUUUUAUUUGGGUUCCUCUGGGUGGUCUAGAUCAGUGUUCCCAAACUGGUGUCCAUAGUCCAGACAACAUGAAUAUUUAUAGUCAAAUAAGAAAAAAAUUAAUAAUCUGACACUGUUCCUUGGUGCAGUUUGGAAACUCGUCCAUUGGUUGAUCAAACUUUGCAGUUUGGGAAGCACUGCUCUAGAUCCCAUAAGUUUCUCAUGUUAAAAAUAAAAAUUAAAUUAAUUUUUUGCAAGAGCAAUAUAAGGGAAAUAUUUUGAAAAAUUGGUAUUACAUUUCUUAGACAAGUAUGUGAUUAAAAAAUUUCACACACAAAAAUUCCGGAUCAGUUAACUAUUGUGCCUGUUUACAUAAUCUAAGCAAGAAUUCACUUACAUUUGUUUCUGAUUAUAGAAUCAUUGAAUGCAUUAAUGCCUUUUUUCUUCAGAAAUGUGAUAAAAGCUUUCUUAACCUCAAGUUUACUCAUGGAUGUUCUGACAACUUUUGGUGAAUUAAGUGAAGAUGUAAGUAAUUUUUAAAAUAAAUAUGUGCUCUUGUCAUUCUUUGUUGAAAAUAAGGAAGCAAGUGUUAACAAGUACACAGGAGAAGAACACAUUUAGCAAAUUAAUUAAAUCAAUGGAAUAACCACUUUGUACUCAGAAUUAAAGCUUAGGUUAAAGACCUUUAAAUUUAUUAAUUUUUUUACUCAACAGAUUGAGAAGAACAGAAAAUAUGCAAAAUGGAAAGCCUUGUAUAUCAAUAAGUGUCUUCAAAAUGGAGAGACGCCUAUGGCUGGCCCAUUGCCUGAAGAAGGGGAUGAAGGUUAGUAAGCCUGUCAAUAUUGAUAAAUUUCUAUGCAUCAAAAAUAGUUUAUUAUUAUUAGUGCACCAUUAUAAAAUAUUGCUCAAGGAUUGAAAUUGAAGUUAAUGAAUUUUUUUUUUUUUUUAGAAAUUCUCUUCCAAUACCUUUGAGUAUUUAAUACUUCAAGUUGGUAAUUUUUUGUAGGGAUUUUUUUAACAUGACAUGAAAAAAUGUUAUGUACGGAAGUCAAUGUUGUAAAUUUAUGACUGGUUAAUCUUUUAAAAUGUUAAAUUGUAAUUGACCUUUACAUAGAUGACUUGCAUUUUUUUUUUUUUUACAUGCACUUUAAUAGUAGCUAACUUAUUCAUAUUGAAUUACUAUUUAAGAUAAGAUAAGAUUCUUUUAUUGAUCCAAACAAAUGGAAAUGUUUUAUGAUUGCAUUGUACAUUUUCAGCACAUAUAAUAAAAAACAAUUUGAAACAAGACGUUUGUAAUAAAUUUUUUCACUAGCAGCCAUUCCGUGAGUUCUCUUAGCCAUAUCAGGGACAUAUUAGUUCUCAUUAAGAUUUGUGACUUCAGGGGGAGCACGCUGGUAAAUUCGUACAGACUGGGGAACAAAAGAAUAUUUAUAUCUUUCAGUCCUCGCCCUGACGGAAAGAAUUUGUCCUGAACGGGCUGAUCCUAAGUAUCUGUGAUGAAGAGGGUGGGAAGUAUCAUCCAAAAUGUGUUUAGUUUUACAAUAACAUCUUUCUUCAAAUAGUUCUUCCAGUAAAAGAUGUUUAGUUUGUGUUAUGUUCCUAGCUUUCUUGAUUAGUCAGUUUAUGCAGUGUUUAAUAUCAGGCGUUGAAUUCCCCCACACCAGCAGGUAAUACUGAAAUUAAAUAGGCUUCCAAUUGUUGCACUGUACAAUCAGUUAACGACUUGUUUGUUUACGCCGAAAUUGUAAAGUUUUUUGAGGUAGAACAGUCUUUGGUUGAAUUUCUUAUACAGCAUUUGACCGUGCACAUGCCAUGUUAGCUUAUUAUUAAUGGUGUCGCCUAAGUACUUAUAUGCCUCUACUUUCUCUACACUUUGAUUUUUUAUGUUGAGAUCUGUAAUCUGGUGUUCCCCCUCCUGAAAUCAACAACCAAUCAAGUCAUUUAGCUGGAGAAAAUUUUCAUCGCACCAAUUGAUAAAGCUUGUAACUAAGUUGCGGUAUAAGACUUUUCCUUCAGAUAUUAAGCCAUCGAUGUCUGAUCAUCAGCAAAUUUUAAGAUUGGAAGAGUGUCGCUUUAGCUUUGAAUAUCAUUGGUUUAUAUUGAAUACAGUACCGGGGAGAGAACGCAGCCUUGUGGCACCCCAGUGCUUAUUUCUCUGGUUAGAGAUAAUUGGUCAUUUACCUUGACAUAUUGUGGUCGAUUUGUUAAAAAGUUCAGUAUCCAAAGCCAAGCCUGAAUAUUUAAAUUUACACCUAACAAGGAUAAUUUCUUUAUCAUAAGGUGUGGUUGGAUAGUGUUAAAUGCUGAUGAGAAGUCUAAGAAAAGCACUCUGGCAUAAUUUUUUGGACUGUCUAGGUGAUGGUAAAGUGUCUCCAACAAUAGUAAUAUAGCAUCCUCCAUACUUCUUGCAGGUUUGUAAGCAAAUUGGUGGGGGGGUCAAGUUUUUGCUGUACUUCAUUCAAAAUUUGAUUUGUCUCAGAAUAAGUUUCUCAAAACAUUUACAACAGAGGUAAGUGCAACUGUCCAUAAGUCGUUGUUGCAAGUUACCUUAUUUUUCGUUGGAAUCGGUAUGAUUUCUGAAGUUUUCCAAAGUGUUGGUAUUGUGUGAGUUACAUAAGAUUUAUUAAAUAUGUAACAAAAAAUAUAGGAGAGCAUCUCUGAGCAUAGCUUAACGAGCCGACCACUUAAUUUGUCUGGCCCCGAGGCCCUGUCUGCGUCCACUUGUUUAAAUAAUAACAUCACUUCCUGUUCGGAGAACAAAGAAGUACCAUCCUGUGUACUACUGCCAUCUUUAAAUGAAUUCAUCAUCUCAUUGUGUACACUUCCAAAGUCCAGACAGUCAAAACGACAAUAAAAGUCAUUUAAGUCGUUAACAAAAUUCUUCACGUCUUCAACACACAAGCAUUCACGCUUAGGAGUAUAUCCUGUUAUUUGCUUUAGACCAGCCCAACAAGCCUUUGAGUUGUUGGUAAGGAAUUAUUUUUCGAUUUGUGUAAUAAUUCUGGUUGAAGCAACAAGAAAUAUGAUAAUGUUUGAGGAAAACCUGAAUAUGGACAAUAAAAAAAAUUGGAUGUUUCAACCAAGAAGCCUUCCACAGCAUAAAUACAGAGACUGACACACUUAGCUGGUAUAGAUAUGUAGAUGACAGGACAUGAUGAACAGACAGGAAAUGAUAAACAUAAAAGAAAUGGUAAUAUAAGUUACGCUUUAAUAAUAAUUAUACAUUAUACACAAGUAAACGUUUCGGCACAUGCCUUCAUCAGUACAAACAAAAAAACACAUUAAAUAAGUAUAAAUUAAAUUUGCAUAAUAUAAAUAUAGAUAUCCUACCUAAAAAAGAAAAAAAAUAGGAGAGGGCGCUAAAACCGGACAAAAACAAAGUAAAGAGAAGUAGAAAGGAAGUGAUUUGAACAUAAUUGUAAAAACCAAACAGGAAAAAGACAUGGCAGCUAGGUAAAAUUGUGGAUUUGGUUCAUUCCAUAUGGAGACAACGUGCCAAAUCUUGUUAUUAAUUUGUUCUCCAUAUAGAUUAUAUCUGUAGUGUUACUAGUAUAUAGUAUACAAGUAAAUGCGUUGUCUGAGAUACCAUCAUGGUUAGGGCUAUGGAAAUGUUUGGAGACCCGACAGAGAGCUUGUUUAUUUAUGUUAUAGAGGUGUUUUCUGAACCGGUCCCCAAGGCGACGACCAGUCUCUCCUAUGUAUAAUUUACCGCACUUUUUGCAAAUGAUGGUGUAAAUCACGUUGCGACUUGUGCAGGUAAAGCCAUCUUUUAUUCUGAAUACUUCCAGGGAGAAAGUGAUCUUAUCAGUUUCGAUCACAUAGGGACAUGAGUUACAACGGCUAUGGUUGCAACUUUUUGUGUCUUUAUAUGCUUUAAUAGCCGGGAUGUGGCUUCUAACUAGCAUGUCCCUAAGGCUGCCAUGUCUUUUUCCUGUUUGGUUUUUACAAUUAUGUUCAAAUCACUUCCUUUCUACUCCUCUUUACUUUGUUUUUGUCUGAUUUUAGCGCACUCUCCUAUUUUAUUCAUUUUUAGGUAGGAUAUGUAUAUUUAUAUUAUGUAAAUUUAAUUUAUACUUAUUUAACUGUGUUUUUUGUUUGUACUGAUGAAGGCAUGUGCCGAAACGUUUACUUGUGUAUAAUGUAUAAUCAUUAUUAAAGCGUAACUUAUAUUGUUAUAUUGACACAAUUUGUUGGUGUCUUAUUAAUCUAUUUUAAAGCUUUAUUGCAAUCCAACACUUUUUUAUAAUUAGGAAAUGGUAAACAGACAGGAAAUGGCAUACAUAUUUAUAUGUCUAAUAAUGACUCAGAUUUGGUGAUGUUUUUUCAAAUGACAAUUUUUUUUCAAAGAUUUAGAAUCUCCUGGUAUUGGAUUUGAAAAUGUCACAGGGCCCAAUGUGCCCCCAGGUCACAUGACAUUUAGUACUGACAGUGGCCUUUACCCUGCUCCGGGUGCCUACGCGCCUCCCAGCACGCCACAGGAUCCUCCUCGCAAUGACUAUCAGCCACCGUCAGCUGCAUCAAUUCAACCCAACCCAGAAAAAAACCCACAGCCGACACCAAGGGGUUUGUCUGCUCAAGGAGCUGUCACCGGAUCUGACUGGACCCCACCCCCUAAUCCAGGUGAGGAAGGGGGAGGGGGUUUAAAAUUAACUCAAAAUAUUAUACUUGCUUAGAGUAAAUGUGACCUCUUACAAGCCUUUCAUUUAAAAGUUGUCUGUUGUGAUAAAAAGAAUGCAAAUAUUACAUUUUCAUUUAGAGGAAAUAAUCAGGGAUCUAUUUGGUGUAAGCCUCAUGGUGAAUGGUAAUGUCUGUCAAUAUAUUUCUCAAAUUACCUAUGAUGUGAUAAGUAUGGUUUUUUUAAACCUUUUUUUUUUUUUUUACCUCACUAUUUAAAUUUAAGAGAAGUAUUAGAGAUUUAUAAAAUAAUUGCCAAUAAAAUAAUUUCUCAUCCCUGGACAGGACUUAAUAUGACAUGUUUGACUAUUAUUUUACUUCUUCUUAUUAUGGUCAAUAGAUUUUGACACUUCUUCGUAAACAGCUAUUUACAGCUAUUGUUGAUGUCUUAUAAUCUUUAUUUAUAACUUUUUAUGAAAUGACCAUCGGCAUAUUGCUUCCCGGACAUUUCUCGCUAUUGAUAUCUUAAAUUGUAAUGCAUCAUUUAGAACUCACUUUUUAUCUAGCUGGCCUCAAGUUGUCACCUGAACAGUUCCAAAAGGGCAUCAAGUACUGUAAGUUUGCCAGUUCGGCCAUGCAGUACGAGGAUGCCAACACGGCGAUAGAAAACUUGACCAAAGCAUUGAAACUGCUGACCACUGGGAAAGAAUGACACAUUGAUUCUGUAAUGUUGGUUCUUAUUUUUGUGUUUCAUGGCGCAUUUAUGUCACAAUCUUUUUUUAUAUAUAUUUUUUUUAAUAUUUAAAUAGGAAAAAGCUUGAGACUGUCAAAAAUCCAUCUCAACCAAUGAUUAAACAAUCCAACAUAAUAACAAUGUAUAGUUCGAUCUGCCCAAACAGACUCAAUGAUUCAAUAUUCUACUUGAUCACACUCAAUCCUUAAAAUCUUGGAGGAUUGAGUUGUUUGCUUUUGCCCUAGCUUGUAGCAUUAACUAGUGCAUAUGAAACUGAGUCGUCGCUCUUUGAAAUCUGGUGAUCAUAUAUUUAGUCAUUUCAAGCAAAAAUUUCUUCAUUGUGAAAUAAGGGUUCCUUCUUCUGUGAUUAGCUUUUUUUUUUUUUAAAGAUAAAUUUCAAUCAAUCUCAGUUUAACUCACGCCAACUGCUUCUGUCAAUAUUUGUCAAUACCUCGUUGAAUAUUGAUUUACAUUGUGAUAUUUUUUCUUUCACUAAUAUUAUGAAAAAAUUAACAAAAAUAAUGGAAUUGUUGAAUUUUAGCAAUGAGAUCCUACAAAACAUAGCAGCAAUUCUCUGUUCGAGGUCUUUAAAUUAAGUUUUGUAAGGAGAACAUAUUGUGGAGAAAUUUUUGUUGUGUGAAAUAGGCCAAGUACUGGAAAGUAAACCAAACGUUACAUUUAAAAUGUCAUCUUGGUCCGUCAAUUUUUCAAGAAGUAUGUUUUAAAAUCAAUUCCUCAAAAUUUUGAAAGAUGCCAAGAAAACGUUUGAUCAUAUUUACAAAGCAAUGGUCCAUUUUACUCAAAUCAAAGUCCUCUAUGUAAUAUGAGGAUACUGGUUGGCACACAAUACCACCAUGACACUGAACAAAAAAGAUAAUGCUGAAAACUGGUAAAUUAAAGUCACAAAUUAUAUUUGUUUUUUUUUAAAGUAAAAGCAAAUUUAAGUGGGAAAAAAAAUGUUUCAUAAUUCAAGAUUUAAGAACAAAAGUGACACAGUUAAGAAUACCCAUGAGUUGAAAUCUUUGAUGAAAAUAUAGAGUCGAUUUUUAUAAAAAUUAAAAAAAUGUCACAAAUUCAUAGUCUUGUGAUUUCUUGAAAUUUGUUUGAAUAAUUGUUUGUGAGACAUCCACUUGUGAUUGAGUGGAUUGCUGGGUGGUCAAAUCUGAUUUUUGCAUUGUUUACUGCUUGUUAAAACUAUUGUAUCGUGUUGUCUUAUGUACAAUGCUGAAAUGGAGUUUAGUUUCCAUGGAAUAAUCUCCGCUACUGCUACUCCUAACUUUUUAUAAUAUAACUGUAGGUCAGAUCGAUGGUGUAGAGCAGUGGUGUGCCACCUUUUGGUGCAAACUCAUUAAUGGAUCUUAAAAAAAAUUUUUUUGUUGAAACUUCAUAUCACCAUAUCACCUCAGUUUUAAAAUGAUUAAAUGCAUACUAGACCAACACCUCCCAAAAGGAAAAGAGUUGUGACCCCCCCCCCCAAGCCCCCCCCCCCCCCCCAAGGGUGGACGCCCCCGGCCCCGACGAAGUAAAAAAAAUUUAACUUUUUUAUAUAAAAAAUAUCUCCCAACCUAAAAAAAAAUUUUUUUGUUGAAACUUCAUAUCACCAUAUCACCUCAGUUUUAAAAUGAUUAAAUGCAUACUAGACCAACACCUCCCAAAAGGAAAAGAGUUGUGACCCCCCCCCCCAAGCCCCCCAUCCCCCUCCAAGGGUGGACGCCCCUGGCGCAGAUGAAGUAAAAAAAAUUUAGUUUUUUUAUAUAAAAAAUAUCUCCCAACCUAUCAUUGUUCUCUGAAAUAAAUCCUGGUGGUGAAGAAAUAAACCCUGUAUAAUAGUAUUCUCUAUCUCUCGUAACCAUCCAUUUCUUUGAUACAUGUUCAGGAAUGUUAAUUCAUAUUCUUAUUCUUUUAACUGUCAUUCAAAGCUUUAAACAAUGCACCAAUAUUUUAAAAAAAAAAAAGCUUAAAAAGUCGCAUUGUGAUGAAUUGAAAUUAAAUUAUUUGUUUCUUCAUGUUCGGAAUUAAUUAUUGUUACUGUUGGUAUAAAUUCUACGAGCGAAUUGUUUUCUCAUCUCCAAUUGUUUUGGUUUUUUUCAUCAUUGGACUCUGUGAAUAUAAUGAUUGUAAUAUGGUGCCACAAAUCAUAAUGUGGUCAUUCAAUUAAAUUAUUUAAAA